AUGACUAAACCCCUGCUCGCCGUCACCAAAUAUGCCUUCACAGCCGUAGCUGCUACGGUAGGGCUUUACGCAUGUCUCCUUGGUCUACUUACCACCGCUUUCGUCCAAAGCCACGUAAUAUACCUACACAAGAUCCAGAUGCCAUGGUUCAAAGACCUCGACACCCCCGAACUUUUCGGCUUCCUCCAUAACCAGGUCACGCCUUUUUCGAUCCCAACGCUAAACAACGAGUCUCUAUACGCCUGGCACGUUAUACCGCCCGGACUAUACCGGCAGCAUGAAGCGAGGUUGGUCCAGAAAUCGGCUGGGAGGAUUGAAGAUAUCACUUCACGCACUGGUUUUCAGCUGCUUAAAUCCGACCCCAAAGCACUCCUAGUCAUCCAUUUCCACGGCGCUGCAGGCACCGUCGCAUCUGGCUAUCGCCCGCCCAAUUAUCGUGCUCUUUCAGCCGGCGCCCCAGACAGAAUCCACGUCCUAACAUUCGACUACCGUGGAUUCGGACGCAGUUCCAACGCCAUGCCAUCUGAACCGGGCGUCAUCGCCGACAGCAUCGCCGUGCUGGAAUGGGCCAUCGACGUAGCUGGGAUCCCAGCGGCGCGGAUUCUCAUCUUCGGACAGUCAUUAGGAACGGCCGUGAGUCUAGCCGUCUCAGAACACUUUGCGUCGCGCGAUCAGCCGGUGGUGUUUGCUGGUAUAGUGCUAGUUGCGCCGUUUGUGGAUGCGGCUGCGUUAGCAGCGACAUAUAGGAUCGCGGGUGUGAUCCCGAUCACUUCGCCCUUAGCUAAAUUUCCGAGGGCUUUUAGGGCGUUGGGGGAGAUGAUUGGGGAUAAGUGGGUGAGUCGGGAUCGGAUUGCGAGGUUUGUUAGGAUUGCUGAGGCAGGGGGGAUGAGAUAUCGGAUUACGUUUGUUCAUGCGGAGGAUGAUUGGGAUGUUCCUUCUCAUCAUUCUCAGACGCUGUUUUGGCAUGCCGUUAAUGCUACGACGGCUACGGGGAUUGGUAGAGAGGAGCUUGAUCGUGUUAAAGUGUCUAAGAUGGUGGAUUUGGGUGCUGCGGGGACGGUGAUGGAGUGGAAGAGUGAGAAUGGGUUUGUUCGAGAGGAGAUUUUGAAGUCGGGGUUGCAUGAUGUGAUUAUGGGUAAUUCGGUUGUCACGUUGGCUGUUUCGAGGAUUUUUGGGUCUGUUGGUUUGAUCUGA